AUGGCUGAGGGUGCUGGAGGAAUUGACCGCAAGGCGGAUGAGCGAAUGGAGUUCUCCACCUCUAAGGAGGUGACAGUCCAUCCCACAUUUGAGUCCAUGUCGCUGAAGGAGAACCUUCUUCGUGGAAUCUACGCCUAUGGAUACGAAUCGCCCUCCGCCGUCCAGUCGCGAGCCAUCGUCCAGGUCUGCAAGGGCCGCGACACCAUCGCGCAAGCCCAAUCGGGUACCGGAAAGACAGCCACCUUCUCGAUCAGCAUGCUGCAGGUUAUCGACACUGCAGUGCGCGAGACCCAGGCCCUCGUCCUGUCGCCUACUCGUGAACUCGCGACACAGAUCCAGUCGGUCGUCAUGGCCCUGGGCGACUACAUGAACGUUCAGUGCCACGCUUGCAUCGGUGGCACCAACGUUGGCGAGGAUAUCCGCAAGCUCGACUACGGCCAGCACAUCGUGUCGGGCACCCCUGGACGUGUCGCGGACAUGAUCCGACGACGACAUUUGCGCACCAGACACAUCAAGAUGUUGGUCCUGGAUGAAGCCGACGAACUGCUUAACAAGGGUUUCCGGGAACAGAUCUACGACGUGUACCGAUACUUGCCUCCCGCGACCCAGGUUGUUGUUGUCAGCGCCACUCUCCCCUACGAUGUCCUGGACAUGACCACCAAGUUUAUGACGGACCCCGUUCGCAUCCUGGUCAAGCGUGACGAGUUGACGCUGGAGGGUCUGAAACAGUACUUCAUCGCCGUUGAGAAGGAGGAUUGGAAGUUCGACACCCUUUGCGAUCUGUACGACACCCUGACCAUCACGCAAGCCGUCAUCUUCUGCAACACCCGCCGCAAGGUUGACUGGCUCACCGACAAGAUGCGUGAGGCCAACUUCACCGUCAGCAGCAUGCACGGUGACAUGCCCCAGAAGGAGCGUGACAGCAUUAUGCAGGAUUUCCGCCAGGGCAACAGCCGUGUCCUCAUUUCUACUGAUGUCUGGGCCCGUGGUAUCGAUGUGCAGCAGGUCAGCUUGGUUAUCAACUAUGAUCUUCCCAGCAAUCGAGAGAACUAUAUCCACCGUAUUGGCCGAAGUGGCCGUUUUGGUCGUAAGGGUGUUGCUAUCAACUUCGUCACUACUGAAGAUGUCCGCAUCCUCCGAGAUAUCGAAUUGUACUACUCAACCCAAAUUGACGAGAUGCCUAUGAACGUUGCCGACCUCAUCGCCUAA